CCGCCACACACGCGCUUCAUAUCUGUUCACGCGCAGCUGUGGAGUGACGUUUUGCCACGUUUAUUCGCUCGCGCUCUGUAGCUUUCACUUUUUAAAGUUUGAGUCUGUUAGGAAAAACGUUUUUUAUGUGAAUAUAAAAUGCAAUAGCAUCUAGAAAAGCAGAAAGACCGAAGACGCAGAACUAAAGCGCACAUUUCCUUCAUGCAUUUUUAGUUUAUUUCAGUUGCGUGACAGCACUGCGCACUCGUAGAUAAGCGCUGUGUACUUUAAGUACGCGGGGGAUUUUGUUUUCUACCUGGGAAGGAAAUCUGGAUUAACAGAUGAACUGUAAUGGCUAACUAACAGUGUGCGGGACUGCUGUUGGGAAAGUGUUGAGAUGAAGAUGCUGGACGGAUGCUGGAGGAGAUGUGUUGUGGUGGGUCUCAGACUGUUGCUAUUUCUUCCCGCAGGUCUGCCCGUCCGCAGCCAAGGAGAUUCCAAUAACAAACAGAUGGACAAUAUCACCGUCAGACAAGGAGAGACGGUCUUCCUCAGUUGUUCACAAGGGGACUUUGUGACACACACGGCAUGGCUGAACAGAUCAAGUAUACUGUACGCUGGAGAAGAUAAGUGGUCCGUAGACCCCAGGGUUAGCUUGGUCAAUCUGAACCAGGCCGAGUUCACCAUCAAGAUUACAGAUGUGGACUUGACGGAUGAGGGCCAGUACACAUGCGCAGUGCAGACGGUCAGCAGACCUCGAACCACGUCCGUUCACAUCAUCGUUCAAGUUCCACCAAAGAUUGUGAACUUGUCGAAGGACCUGGUGGUGAAUGAAGGAUCCAACGUAACUCUGAUGUGUCUGGCGAAUGGCAAACCAGAACCUGCCAUUGUGUGGAGAAUGUUAUCAGAUGACAGUCUGAGUUCAGACACAGAGGUUUUGGAGAUCCCCUUCAUCACCAGAAAAAGAGCAGGGACUUACGAGUGCACCGCUGUGAACGACAUCGCCGUGGACACGCAGACGGUCGAGCUCACUGUCAACUAUCCUCCCAGUAUUUCAGAAGGCAGGGAUGUUGGUGUGACCCUGGGUCAGCGGGGUGUCCUGCUGUGUAAGGCAGAUGCUGUACCCGAGGCAGAUUUUGAGUGGUACAAAGAUGACAGGAGGAUCUUCAGUGACUUUGAUGGCAUUAAGAUCGAGAAUUCCGAUGCAUUUUCAAAGCUGAUAUUCUUCAACGUGUCAGAGACGGACUACGGCAAUUACACUUGUUUGGCUACCAACAAACUCGGCAGUGCCAACACAAGCAUUCUCCUGUAUGAAAUAAUUGAACCCACUAGUUCAACGCUAUUGCAAGUGGAGACCGCUUCUGUUUUAGAAAUGACCUCAUCCGAUUUAAAGCAAAGAGCCUUUGAAAACAAUGAAUUGUGGGAAGGACCCGGAGCAGUUCAGGAUGGCAACAGCGGCACAUCAACAGUGUUCACACCCAACUGUCUACUUCUCAUCAUACUUCUACAACUUUUGCUCAAGUUUUGAUGGUGAAGAUGUUUUCAUUGGAUCAAAUGUGUGUGACAUCAUUGUUAUUCACACCUGGAGUCGCAAAUCGUGCACGGGUUACCAAAAAUGCCCAAAAUGUGCAUGGGGUACCCAAGUAAUUCUUUUAAUAAAAAUAAUCAUGCAUUUUUUUUGUUGUUGUUUAUUAUAGAGUUUAAUAUCGUAACUACUUUUUUGCCCUGCAGAAUACAAUGUUUUGUAUUCACUAAAAAGCAAAGUACAGAGAGGCAUGUCUAAUUUUAAAUAUUUAAUUUAUUUUGUGAUUGUCAUUUAAUUUUAACUCUGUAACCCCUUAAAACUCAUAGAAUACAACGUUGAUAUGAAAGUCAUUAUAUCAAAGGCAUGACAUUGCAAGGGCAACUGUCUCUGUUUUUGGAUUGUCGCUAUACUGUAUCUGUAUUGUAUCAUAACUGUACAGCCGAUCAAAAUAAGCAGCAAAAAACACAGUUUAAAAAUUCUUUAAUGUUCACGUCAUGUAUGUUUUGUGUUAUCGUUUGCUCCAAACUCUAUUUUAGUAUUUCACAUGCACACAAAAAUGAAAACAAUAUUACAUAUCAGUUUUUUAUGUUGACCAGAAUAAAACACAGGGACUAUGCAGAACCACAUAAGCACUCGCUGAUAUAAUUCUAUAAAACAAAAAAUAUAUAAGAAAGGUUUAAUUAAAUGCAUUUAAUUAAAAAUAAUCAAAAGAUGAAAAUGUGGCAUGUGGGUUUUAUUAUUGGACCCAGCGAGGGAAUCCAAAGAAUUAUCCCCUCACUGGCCUACCUGAUUUCUAGACAUAAAGUAUGAUGGUCAUCAAAAAUAUAAGUUGAUUUUUAAUGUAGUUUGAGUUAUUCAAGCAGAAAAAUGUUUAUUUCACUUCACUGUAGUUUCUGCUAACAUCCAUGUAUAUCUAUAAACUUGUACAAAGGAAAAAUAUGCACAGUUGUUUUUACUAAAAUUGUGAACCUGUUUAAUACAAUGCAGCGUUUUCUAGUUUUGUUAUUUCCUCGCUCUAAAGCUGUGUAAUUUAUUUCUUCAUGGUUUCUGCGUUACGUAGGUACCAGUAAAAUAUUACUGCAGUUACUUGUAAAAUCUGAUGUUUAAAUAUUGUGCUUUCAAACAUGAAGAUGAGACUUUUCUGCCCAUCACCAUCAUUAUCAUAUGACACAAUCACAAGUCCUGAUACGUCUGUAGUUUGAAACAAUGAGAUUUGACUUAAUCCUGAAACUUUUCACAUUUAGGGGCGGUUUCCCGGACAGGGUUUAGAUGAAUCCAGGACUAGACCUUAUACUCUAAAAUGACUGGGUUAUUUUUGACCCAAAAUGGGUAAAUGUUGAACAGAAGUGGGUUAAAACUGACCCAAUGCUGGGUUAUUAUACCCCAUGGUUGCAAAACAACAACCCAACAUUAGGUAAUUUUUAACCCAGCAUGUGUUCUGUCCAAUAUUUACCCAUUAUGGGUCAAAAAUAACCCAGACAUUUUUAGAGUUUAGUUAUAUUAGGACAGUACCAAGUUUUUAUUUUUACAAACAAACCUUACAAAAAACAAUACUGGUGUGCAUCUUGAGACAAAACAAUGGCAAUGAUAUUAUGUUAAUAUAUGUGAGUACAAUGUGUUUUUAAAUUAAAGCAGCUCAAUCAUGCAUUUUAGGAUAAGCCCCAAAUCUAGGAAACCGCCCCGUAAGGUUUGACUUCCAUACUAAAGUUCUGUUUUGUUGUAAAACUCAGUGAGAUAUACGUACACUUACUCUUAAAAUUUUAUUUUACUGAAGAACAUUCAGAUUAAAAAGAAAGUCAUUCUGCCGUAAGUUUAGUGAAUUUAAAGCACAAGUUGUAUUUAAGGGUAUGUAAUGUACUGUAUGUGCAGUUUAAUGGGUCCCAGUUUUGGAUUUGUGCCCUAAAGUUGUAUUCUUCGGCAUUCCUGUAUAAUUUUUUACAGAUGUAGGGACCAAAGAACAGUCCUCAUAUUUCAUAUACGGUAUACUGUAUCGAGAUGUACUGUAAUCCACAGUUUAAAGUUCAUAUCUGUAACUUGUUUUGGCUUAAAGGGUACAUAAAAAUCUGUAUCCUUGUCCCAGUUAAAUAAUUUAUAAUCUGAGCAGGUAAUGUUGGUUUGACAUCAU